CAUCUGUUGUAAAAGUACGUAAUUAGUUUAAUUAGCAAAAUGUAAUUGGAACGCACCGUGGAUUAACAAUCAAUCGAAUUGGCUGCUGCGGGAGAGAUAACAGAUUUGAUUAGCCGAUGGAAAACGAAACUAAACUCAUUAUAUUUUUAUCGAAUUCAGAUAUCGAUAUAUGAAAACGAUCUUUGAUCGUUAGGCUUCCGAUAAUGGAAACGUAUCAAUUGAACUCAUUAGGAUAAUUGAUCUCAGCGUAAUUAUUUUUCUUGCUUAAUUAAAAUUAAUUAACAUUCUACUUUUUGCUUUAAUUUAAUUGUUAAGGUAAUUGAAAAGUUAAUUGCAGCAAUAUUAGUGUAAAGAGCUUUACAUAGGAAAAUUAGCUCGAAUCUAAAGAAUUUAAUUAAAGUCCGUGCGUGUGUGUGAAUAAUUUUAAAAAACGGAGCGAGCGCGGAGUGCGAAGUCUAUCACACUCCAGCUUUACCGCGCAAGAGGAAAGUCCAUUUCGAAGAUAAAGUUUACACAACACAACGCGAGUUACACAUUUAGCGAAAUAAAAUAAUCAACAAGUAGAAUGUACGAUGGGCUUUCUGUGUUUUUUUUUUCUCCCCCUCCCCGCGUAAAGGAAGGCUCCUCCUGAAAAAAUCAAUUCGGGCUAAAAUUCAAGCUAUACGUCCGAUCUUUCCACCUGCCGAUGCGGUUCGCGAGCGCCCGAUAAGCGUCGGUCCACUCUCAACCCCCCGAGCGGCACACAGCGAAAACAACCCCCUCGUCCGUCCUUCCUCUGCCGCCUGGCUUUUUACCCCUUCCCGUAUCCGUGACUGCCGGACCACUGGCAAUCCCCGCGCGGCGAAGCACACCGCACGGUCCUGCCGCGCGCGCGGCCGGAUCCAGUAUCCAGUCACAGUUCGAACCUCGAGGAGACCGAGCGUGCGAGAGAGCACCCGUUCGUAAACCUGGACCACGUAAACGGACGCCUCGGAGGAUCGUGCCGGGAUCUUCUGGCAUGCGAUCAGGAGCAUGCAGCAGAAACCACUGAGAGAGCUGGGUUUGUGCCUCAAUGCCGGGGUAUCAUCGAGCAACGUUGUUAUCGCCGAAGUCUGCAACGAGACGCGCGGGGGACUACCUCUUCUUCAGGUAUGGCCCAGCGACUCGCCCAGAGCCGAUGCCGACGGACAGGCUCCAGCUUUUAUAUUCCCAGAUGUGCAGGAAAGUGUCAACGACAGCGGCAUCGAAUCCAUCCAGGCAUCGCCGUCGCCGUGCGGUGUCACCUGCAACAGCCCGGCGAUGACGCCGCAGCAAUCGCGUCGCGCCAGCUUGCUGCAUCCGGAUCACGCGCGACUGCAGCUGCAUUAUCUUCAUCACAACCACCAUAACGCGGGGGCGAAGUGUCCGCCGUCGCCGGAUAGGACGUCGAUAGACGAGGACCACGAGGACCGGCCCGCGCCGCCGAGUCCCUCAAGUUCGACCACCGGCAGCCUGCGAUCGAUGCCGAGUUCAGCGAUCGUGUCGAUGCACUCGCAGGACAGGAGACGCAGUAGCAGCAGAUACAGCAUGUUCGAUGCUCUGGAUUUGGAAUACGCCCUGUUGAGGGCUGCGGCCCGCGGUUCCGUGGGCCCGUAUUCCCUGUCGGAGUCCCUCCACAAGUUGACUUUCACCCAGAGCCUGGCCUUUCCCGCCCUGGCGCGCGGUCUCGCCGCGAAGCAGAGCGUGCCGAGCGGGAGAUCGCAGCAGCCCACGGAGAGCGGGCUGAACGCCUUCGCCAAAGUGGUGACCGCAAUGGUGUUGAUGCUGGUGAGCGUGCUGGUGUUCGGUGUGGUCUACAAGUUCGCCAAGACGUGAGGCUGGCUGCUGGCACCCGGCCGGUAUCCUGGAUCCCCGCAGGAUAGCAAUCGUUUGGGUGCCUUCAGCGAUAACGUCUGAUGAGGCCUGAGGAAGGGUCUGGAUCUCAACUCGCCCCGCGCGAGAGAAAGUAUUGUGAAGCGACGGAAGAGACACGGGACACUGCGUGACGCAGUCCACGUCUAGGAUGACGUUUUGACUGACAAUGAGUGUUCAUUGGUCAUUUAAUGACGAAAUUAACGUGUGAAUGAGAAAUGAAUGAAGAGACGGUGGCGACUGUUGAUACACGACUCAUUCUAGAUGCGAUCAGACAGAUUGUAGAACAAUUUUAUACGAUAUGUCUUAUUGUCUUUGUCGCGUAACGAUAUGUGUAUUAAGAUAUUUAACGUAAAGUUUCAGCGAAGGUGACGCUGCCACGAGAAAAAACGCAAAAUUGAUAAUGAAGAUCAUAUAAUAACGUUAUCGACAAGUUAUUCGAUCCAUUGAAUCGACAAGAAAUAUGCGAUAUAUAUACAUAUAGUUAUUACAUACUGCGAAUAUGCAUAAAUAGUAUUAGGUCUGGAAUCGAAAAAGAAUUUCGAUGUGGAGAGAACAUGUAAAAUGGGAAAGUCACGUGGUCUGAGAAGGCUUACAGAAUGCAUAUUUGCUGCGAGUCUAGCUGGUUUAUUUUCUGAAAAAUAGUUGCGCGCGUGAAUCUAUAUUGACGGGGAUUUUUACAUCGACGAAUGCACUCGAUCCUAAGUAUCUCGGUAAUGAAUAUAAACUUGUGUUUUGAUCUGUGGUAUUGCCGAAGAAAACAUUUCCGCGUCGCUUUCCACAGAAGUGCGGGAAAUCCAUUAAAAUGUUCUUCGGCAAAUUUUGCUGCACCGUGCUGAUAGACGGGUAACUGGGGCGGUCCUCGGUCAAUAUAAGCCGGAUUGCAGCUGUGACGACGAGGAGAGAACGAUUGUGGGUCGAGCCAUCCGUUGAACUGUCUAUAUUCUGCUCGGUAACGCUCGAGUAGGAUACGCUUUAUGCAAUUGAGCGAACGCUCGAAAAUUCAAUCGCGGUUUCAAUCGCAAUUCUCGCGCGAGAUAAAGAUCAAACGACCGCGAAUUAAAAGAUCGCCGUAUUUUUGGAAUUAUAUCUCCGAAUUUUUACUAUCAAUAAGACGACAGAAUCUUUCCUAGAUAAUUUUCAGCGCGUUUUUUUUCUCAAUAUUCGCCCCGGACGGAUCCAUAUGUAAAAUAAGGGACACGAAACGAUCUUUCGACCAUUCUAGAACUCUUAGCCGUUUAAUUAAUUAUUUAACUCAAUUUACCGAAAUCCCUUGGCCAAUCUACGUUGCCUUGUCCGCGCGCAGAGUCGCCAUCUCACACGGACGCCGCACAUCGCGUAAUCUCGCGUAAUCUCGCGAAUUUUUUGGGGAACCUCUAAACGACUGUCCAAGUGCUUUACACAACUUCUAUUCCAUGACAAUCGGCCGGGAAGCGCUCAUUCCCGGCAAAUUAAAUUAUAAUGUUAAAACGCGACUCGGUGGAAAUUCCGGCUUUCGGGCCGGAAACGACGAACGCACCGCGAUAAACUAAGCAGAGCUUCCGACAAUGCAAAAUUAAUCUGAGGUCAGCUUAUCGUCUAUGCUUGGUCGCAAAUACGGUCGAGGCUUGAAAUCGAAUCGAAAUCCGAUGCGACACUGAAUAAUUUUUUAUGCCACCAGCCAGUCGUGAUACUUGCGAUCAACGCGUUAAGGAUAUCGCGUAUUUUUAUAAAAUCUCAUAUCGAUCGUUACGUCAGUAUAGUAAAAAUAAACUCGACUCGCUUGUUAUAUACACUAUCUCAUUAAAGAAUUUUCUAAAGGGUACAAUUUAUUUUUGCUAGAUUUUCUAAAACCGAUUUCGAUUCCGUUUCAAGCUUAUGAAAGCUCAAACGGGCAUCUUUGAACUCGUUUCGUACAGCCUAGAGAGAGUCGCGCGUUUGUUUUAUAUAUAAUUAAAUAUAUAAAUACAUAUAUACAUACAUAAUUAUAUAAAUUGUAUAUAUUUAUGGUCGCGCGCGCGCGCGCGUAACGAAGGAAUAUCUUCUUUACUUUGAUGUUGUGCUCUGUACGAAGCAACGAAAUUUCUAAAAGUUAUACGCAAGACGCGUCACGAUAUAGCGGAACUACCGCUCUCUACUUUUUUUAACUAUCGCAUUGUACGAAGUAUACAUAUAUGUAACGCUAAUGUGUGUUGCACUUACGAUAUAUGUAAGGAACAAAAUUUCUUUCUUUACUUCUCUUGUAUGAUACGCGACGACACACUCAAAAUUAAUCUCGCGAUGAUGUUUUUGUGCUCAUCGCAAUAAAACCAGAAUUGGUAAAAAGGUCACAUUCCACUUCACAACUCUACGAGACGUAUACUGUCCUAAAUUCUGCUAAUGAAGAAAUCGAAGAAAAUCUCUCGCUCUAGAAUUUAUAUCAACUCUGACAUUUUGAUUUCUAUUUUCCACAAUUUUUGUACUUUUUUAUUUUGCGGUUUCAAGGUUUUUUGCGACACAAUACGUGAAAAUGCUAAAAUGUCACAUUUUUAAAUGCUAUUUGAAGAGAAAUAAAAUAGAGCAGUUUCUUUCAGUUGCACAUUCGGUAUUUACGUGAAAAACAAGCGUAGAUCAUCAUAUCUAUCGAAAAAAAAAUACAGAAGAAAAGAAGCGGGAACGUGAAAAAGACAGCUGGAAAAAGCUGACCUAAAUUAUUUUGUGGUUUUUCCAUUGUGACGAUGCCAUCGAUUCAUGCAGCGAUAAUACAGUUAAACGGAGAAAUCGGUAUAUUUCAAUUUUAUGAAGUUUAUCUUCUUCGUGUGUCUAGAUGAAGACUGUAAUUAUGAAUUAAAAUUAAAGAAUGAAUUUUUGAUAAAAAAAUCAAAUCAGGAACGUGAAGUGUGCAAAUUAAUUGUGGAACGAAGUUUAACUCGAGCUUCGCGUAUAGAAUAGCAUUCGCAGAUUUUCAAUCGGCGGUAUACGUUUCCGUAUUUAUAUAAUUAUAAUACUUACUGUUCUGUUUAGAGAUCCAUUCAGCAUCCUGUCCAGUAUCGGCCACGAUGUCAGCCGCGAAAAAAUGGGUCGAUUCGAUAUAAAAGUGUUGCGCGUUGAAUUUAAUCGUGCCAAUAUGUAUCCGUGAUCGUACUCACCGAAACGUUUUCCGAGUCUAACCGCGUCUACGCUAAAUGUAUACUGCUUGUAAACGUUGUAACUACCUCCUUUCGAUCGUCCCAUUUUGCGGUAAAUUACUUUCCUUUCUUCCAGCGAAACAAAAGAGGACAAAAAAUAAAAGGGCUACAAAAUUACUA